AUGGUGCCUUCCAUCGCCCCUGGAGAGGCAGCUGUUGUUCUCUUUGUCUUGAUUUCGUUGGGGACCAUCCCGCCGGCCAAGAGAUUGAUCAAGGCGAGAUGGAAACACGCGAACCCGGACGACAUCCGGUAUGAGGAUAAAGAUGGAAUUGCCACAAAAGAAUCCACCUCUCAGUUGUCAAACCAGCGCCCUUUCGUUGCUAUUUUUUUGCUCGGUCUUUGUGGAUUAGGUCUGUCUUUUGCAAACUUGAUCAUUGCGGCAAUUAGCAUCCAUGGGAGAAAGGGACCUGCCUCACUAGGAAUCUGGCUGCUGCCGCCAGCAUGGCUAUUUCUGUUGGUGCAAUUCACAGACUCAAUUACCCAGACACACCCAGUUGCGAGAUUCGAGAGCGUGAUAUGGAAGCAGGCAACCAUUGUUCUGAUUGGGGGUAUUGCUCUCUCCGUUCUCGCAAGCGAAAAUGUCCCCGGCGGGAGUCGACCUAGCAUUACAGCUAUCCUGACUGGGGUACAGGUGCCUACUCUUCUGGCCCUGGUUGGUGCUAUAUGGUGCGUGGAACGGCGCCCGGCUGUCUUUAGCCCUGACAGCAAGGAAAUCGACCGAGAGAUGACCGUCAACCUCUGGAACCGAUUGACAUUCCGAUGGGCUCCUGAGAUCAUGUCCGAAGGCGCCAAAGAAGCAUUAGAAUCUGAAGCUCUUCCGACUAUGAAUCAUGCUGUCCGUUCCAAAGAAGCCUCGGACGAAUUUAGUGCCAUGGCCUUGACAGACGCCCAGCCACUGUGGAUCCGCAUCUUUUGGCAGUUUCGGGUACAGCUUCUGCGGCAAUGGAUCGCAGUUCUCGUUUCAAACUUUUUCGACGUCGGCCCAUCUUUCGCAACUUUACAACUCCUUCAAUACCUCGAGUCACGAGAGAAUUCGGACGUACGUGAUCCAUCUGCCUGGAGAUAUGUCAUGUUGAUUGCACUGGCUGCUAUGGGCACCAAUUUGGUGGACUCGCGUAUCAUGUGGUGGGAAAAAGGCUAUAUCGUCGUUGCUCUGCGGUCGACCUUGACAUCAUUAGUGUAUCGUAAAUUGUUGCGAAAGAAAUUGAGUACCGACCCUGCGAAGGUUGAAGAGAUUGGAACUGAAGAGGCUGGCCAGGAUGGUCCCUCCAAGUCAGAACAAGACGUCAUCAAUAUGUUUGCAGUCGACUGUAACCAAAUCGCCAUAUUUGCGUCCGAAAGCUCCCAGUGUGUAAACAUUGUGGGUAAAAUGCUGGUGACAGUGGCAUUUUUGUGGCUGCUCAUCGGCUGGCAAAGCUUGUGUGCUGGUCUACUGGGUAUUGCGGUUCUUUUCCCUAUCAACCGAGCUUUAGCGGAGAGGUAUGGGAGAAAGCAGAAGGCCCUGAUGGAAAUCCGGGAUAAACGAACUACAAUGACCACAGAAGCUCUGCAUGGUAUCCGACAAAUCAAAUUCUCCGCUGCCGAAGAUGUGUGGUCGGAGAAGCUCGAACGUGUUCGUGAAGAGGAGUUGUCGGUUCUGUGGAGCAGCAGGCUCGAUAAUAUCUACAUGACGAUCGGCUCGGAGUUUACCCCCAUCGUUCUAACAGCAUUGUCUCUGACGACAUACUCUUACAUCCACGGAAGCUUACUGCCUUCUGUAGCCUUUACAGCGAUCAGUCUAUUCAUUCAGCUUGAAGGCAUUGUUGGGCAGAUUCCUUACUUAUUGGUAUCAGUCAUCACCGCCAAGGUGAGUUCCGACAGAAUCGACGGAUUUCUCCGCACACCAGAGCAAGAGGAAAACACCCAUCCGGGUGAGGUCAUUUCAUUCCAUAAUGCCUCUGUGAGCUUCCCCUGCGAUGCUAAGGAUGCAUCAGCGGACCGUUUCGCAUUGCGCAAUCUCAACUUGGUAUUCCCCAACAAUGCGCUCAGUGUUAUCUCGGGGCCGACAGGAUCAGGAAAGUCUUUACUGCUGGCGGCUAUUUUGGGAGAGGUAGAGGUGUUGGGCGGCUACGUCCAUGUCCCGCGAGAUGCCUCUCCCAUUGAGCACUUCGAUAACAAGGCAAAUGCGGCCAACUGGAUUUUGCCAACGGCUAUUGCCUUUGUUGCCCAAACUCCCUGGAUUGAGAAUGCCACGAUCAAGAACAAUAUCCUCUUUGGUUUACCCUUUGAUCCGGUCAGAUAUGAGCAGGUACUACAAGCAUGCGCAUUGACUACUGACCUGGCCUUGUUCGAGGAUGGUGAUGAGACAGAAGUGGGCGCUCAGGGAAUCAGUCUCAGCGGCGGACAAAAAUGGCGGUUGAGUCUGGCACGUGCCAUCUAUUCACGCGCAGGAAUCAUCAUCAUGGACGACGUUUUCAGCGCUCUCGACGCUCACGUAGGCAAGCAUGUCUAUGAAAACGCAGUCAUGGGCAAGCUUGCAGAGGGCAGAACUCGGAUACUCGCCACCCACCAUGUGUCGCUGUGUUUGUCUGGAGCGAAGUAUGCGGUCAGUCUCUCCGCUGACGGAACGCUUAAGCACGCAGGUUCCGUGGAGCAGCUAGAGGCGGAAGGGGAGCUCGAUUCUCUCCAAGAAUCUGCUAAUAGGGAGAUCUUGAUUGAGGAAGAAGAAGGACUGACGGUGCCGACUGACUCUGCCACUAUUGCGCCCAAGGCUCCCCCAAAGAAGCUUAUUGAGGCGGAAAAGAGAGCGACCGGUCGCGUCGAGAUGUCAGUCUAUUCUGGUUAUCUCAAAGCAACCGGAGGGUGGCCAUUUUGGAUCCUACUUUCUUUUCUAUUUGCAUUAUUUCAGGCAUUGAUUUUGUCUCGAAACUACUGGAUACGAAUUUGGGCGGAUGCGUUUGGCGAUGAGCAGGGAGUCGCUCAAUAUACGGCAUGCCCACACCACAACAGCCUGCAGAUGCAGCUGGCAGGCUAUUCAACAUCAACGCACAAACUUUGCAUGAACACCUCCAGUAGUCUCCCAAUCAACGUUCAGAACAGAAGCUUGUGGUUUUACCUGGGGAUGUAUUGCGCCAUCUCCGUCGUGUCAGUGAUGGUCGCGGUCACCCGGUUAUUCAACCUAUAUUCUGGAGCCGUCCGCGCAUCACGGAGAAUAUUCCACGAUAUGCUUCACAGUGUUUUCCACGCGCCACUUCGAUGGUUCGACACAGUUCCCACGGGAAGAAUUCUAAACCGUUUUACAGGAGACUUCACCCUCUUGGACUCCCAGCUCCCGCAGAUGUUCUAUUACUUUGCCGCUACGCUCUGGGAAUUGGUCGGUAUAUUGGUUGCAGCCAUCUUCAUUUCCCGGUUUAUGGUCUUGGUUGCGAUCAUACUAUUGGCAUCUUGCGCCUUUAUAGCACGGAGCUACAUUGCUGCUGCACGAAACAUCAGGCGCAUCGAAUCCAACAGCAAGUCGCCGGUCAUAUCACAUUUUGCUGCAUCCUUAACUGGGCUCUCCACUAUUCGAGCAUUUUCCAAAACCGAAGAAUUUACUCGACGAAUGUACAAUCUCAUCGACACGUACGCUGCUUGUACAUGGUAUGCUUGCUAUAUGGGCAGCUGGCUCCAUCUUCAUGUGGGACUUGUGGCCGCUUUGUUCCCAGUCACCGUGGCUGCCUUCGUGAUAAACACCCCUGGCAUCGACGCUAGCUUGGCUGGGUUCGCCCUCUCCUUCUCGCUAAGCUUCACCUUUUUGACUUCCUUUACUAUUCAAAUUUCCACAAGAGUUGAGCUGUUCAUGAAUGCAACAGAGCGCAUCUUCGAGUAUCGAGACUUGCGGAUCGAGAACCCAGACGGGACCAGCGUUAGGGCUAGCUGGCCCGAGACGGGUAGAAUAGAGGUAAAUGAGCUAGAGGUCGGUUACGCAGAAGGGCUACCAUCGAUCCUGAAGGGCCUGACUUUCACUGCGGAGCCAAACCAAAGGAUUGGGGUCGUCGGUCGGACGGGUGCUGGCAAAUCCACUUUAUCGCUUGCACUUUUCCGUUUCUUGGACACCCGUAAGGGCAGUGUCGUCAUCGACGGAGUUGACAUUGCCAACAUUCGACUGCACGACCUCCGUACCCGCCUAGCCAUCAUUCCCCAAGACCCUGUCCUUUUCUCUGGCACCAUCCGGUCCAACCUCGACCCUUUAAAUCAAUACAGCGACCAGGAAGUGCGAGAAGCUUUAGCGCGUGUCCACCUCAUCCCCUCCGGAAGCAGCACGCCACUGUUGAAGAACGACGAGGAUGACCACUCUGGUGCUAGUUCCACCAUUGCCGCUUCCGAGCAGAACGGAAACACCAACAUAUUCCAGUCCUUAUCCUCGCCAGUUUCUUCGGGUGGAUCGAACCUGUCACAGGGACAGAAACAGCUGCUCUGUCUGGCGCGCGCUAUUCUGUCCCGACCCAAGAUUCUGAUUCUCGAUGAGGCUACUUCCGCGGUGGAUAUGGAGACUGACAUCCUGAUCCAGCGGUCGAUUCGAGAGGCGUUCACGAACACUACGCUGCUAGUGAUUGCACACCGUCUCAGUACCGUGGCCGACUUUGACCGCAUCCUGGUCAUGAAGGAUGGCGUUGCAGCGGAAUUUGGAAGUCCUGGAGAGUUGGUGGAAAAGGAUGAAGGCCUAUUUCAGGAUAUGGUCAAUAAAAGUGGCGAAGCGGAAGAGUUGAGGCGGAUGAUGUUGGCGUCAUAA